GAACGGGGUGAACGUGGAAGGAGCCACACACAAGCAAGUGGUGGACCUGAUCCGCGCGGGCGAGAAGGAGUUAAUCCUGACGGUGCUGUCGGUGCCUCCCCACGAGGCAGAUAACCUGGAUCCCAGCGAUGACUCCUUGGGGCAGUCCUUCUACGACUACACGGAGAAACAGGCCGUGCCCAUCUCCAUCCCCACCUACAAGCACGUGGAGCAGAACGGCGAGAAGUUUGUGGUGUACAACGUGUACAUGGCGGGCCGGCAGCUCUGCUCCAAGCGGUACCGGGAAUUCGCCAUCCUGCACCAGAACCUGAAACGGGAGUUUGCCAACUUCACCUUCCCGCGCCUCCCGGGGAAGUGGCCGUUCUCCCUGUCGGAGCAGCAGCUGGAUGCCCGGCGGCGAGGGCUGGAGGAAUACUUGGAGAAAGUGUGCUCCAUCCGUGUCAUUGGGGAGAGCGACAUCAUGCAGGAGUUCCUGUCGGAGUCAGACGAGAACUACAACGGUGUCUCGGAUGUGGAGCUCCGGGUGGCGUUACCGGACAUCACCACCGUGACAGUCCGAGUCAAGAAGAACAGCACAACAGACCAGGUGUACCAGGCUGUGGCUGCCAAGGUUGGGAUGGACAGUAUUACUGCAAACUACUUUGCCUUGUUUGAAGUGAUCAAUCACUCCUUCGUGCGCAAACUGGCGCCCAACGAAUUCCCCCACAAACUGUACGUGCAGAACUACACCUCGGCGGUGCCGGGGACGUGCCUGACCAUCCGGAAAUGGCUCUUCACCACAGAGGAGGAGGUUCUCCUCAACGACAACGACCUGGCAGUCACCUACUUCUUCCAUCAGGCUGUUGAUGAUGUCAAGAAAGGCUACAUCAAAGCAGAGGAGAAGUCCUACCAGUUACAAAAGCUGUGUGAGCAGAGAAAGAUGGUCAUGUAUUUAAACAUGUUACGGACGUGUGAGGGCUACAACGAGAUCAUCUUCCCCCACUGCUCCUGUGACUCCCGGCGCAAGGGACACGUCAUCACAGCCAUCAGCAUUAAGCACUUUAAACUCCACGCCUGCACCGAGGAGGGGCAGCUGGAGAACCAGGUAAUAGCAUUCGAAUGGGACGAGAUGCAGCGGUGGGACACGGACGAGGAGGGAAUGGCCUUUUGUUUCGAAUACGCGCGGGGAGAGAAGAAACCCCGAUGGGUUAAAAUAUUCACCCCCUAU